GUCCCUUCGGAUACAUCCGAUAACUCCACAAACAGAAAACUCAUACUAUGAAGUGAACAGUUAAGAUAAGCAUGUCUGUUGGUUAAUCGCAUGCUUGGAGCCACUAACCAUAGCAAAGAGACUUAAAUCAAUCAAACAAAUCAUGGUCUUCAAACUUAACUACAUUCAUCAAUUGGCUAAACAGAGAAAAAUUCCCAACUUUCUCAGUGAACACGGCCUUUCUAUCUACCAUAUCAUAUCAUAUCAAUCCUCCCACGAAGAAGAUGGAAGAACUACAACAACAACAUCCAUCCAAAGCUUCCUCACCAAAGGAAGCAUCAUCAACAACCACAACCACAACCACAACAACAACAACCAGAACUGCUGUGAAUUCUUCAGACUCGAAUUCUUCUACCCUAACAACAGAAGAACCCAAUGCUCCUCCUCAACAGAAGAAGAUUGAGGAACAACAACAACAACAACAACAAGAGCCUGCUAAGGAUGUUGCUGAAACGGAGACAAAUCAAGCACAACCUCAACAGCAAAAACAAGGUGAAGAGAAGGUAAAUGCUGCAAAUUCUCCUUCAAAACAAGUGAAGGAACAACAGGAACCGCCAUUGCAGCUAAUUAUCAAGCUAAACACAAAGAAGAUAGUACUAACCGAAAAAAGUUGCGGUGGAGGAGGGGUUUUGUGUAGAGUCUUCGUUAGCUAUCGAUGGGAAGAGGGGUUUUGUGCAGAGUCUUCGUUAGCUAUCGAUGGGAAGAGGGUCUUCGUUUGCAAUCGACGAAGAGAUGCUCGCUCUCGUCGUCCCUUGCUCGCCGCCUUCACUGUCGUCGUCGGAAUCCGGAAUCCGAAUCGCCGCCUUCACUGCCGCCUUCUACUCGUCGUCACCCACUGCUCGCCGUCUUCACUCGUCGUCACCCACUGCGUGGAGAGGAUCGCCGUCUUCACUGCUCGCUAGCUGCGUGGAGAGGAUCGAAGGAAGGAAGAGGAUCGAAGGAAGAGGGGUUUCGGCGGUGAGAAGAAGAGUGUAAUUGGUUUCGAAGGAAGAAGAGUGUAAUUGGUUUCAGACAACCGGUUGUACCGGUCAUCAACACACAAAUAAAAUAAUAAAUUAAUAAUUUAAAUGAAAUCUAAUGGUUGAUAUAGUUUGGACAUGAUCUAAUGGCUGUAAAUGUUUUAUAGUACCAAUACUAUAAAGCACACUAAAAUGCCUCCACCGAAAUAGGCACCAUAACACAAGUUUCAUCCUCUCUAACACAACAACAUAGUGGAGGAUGCAUCAAAGUAUACGGGAGUGUUCUCCCCCGUGCAUGAUCCCCCAUAUUAUGGUCUAACUCUCAAUAGCGUCGGCAUCUGGAGUAGUAUGGCGGUGAAUCCUCGGGAACUGAAGUACAUCCCAAGCCAAAGCACUAAUUAAAGGUGGAGGUAUAAGGAUGAGUUCUUUGUUGUCAUUUUAUUUUAAAUAGUUUUUUAUGUGCCAAUGAUGUGGCAUUUAUGUGUUAGCCACAUCAUCAUAAGUGAACGUAUUUUGAUCACCGUCUAGUCUACCGUUAUUUUUAACCAUCAACGAAAGGGUCGGGAUAUAAGUGUCACAAAAACCUCAUAGUUUGUGCUAUGAUUCUCAUUUAAAUACGUUAGGACACAAGUGAUUUUUUUGUGAUAGUUGGGGUGUUUAAUUAGAAUUAGCCCUAACUUUUAUUUAGAGUUUAGACCAAUUCAUCAUAGUAAAGUUAUAAAACAUUAGUUUUCAAAAAAAGUCCUAAAACGUUAGAGCUUAAUAUAUUUUUUCUUGAUGGUUUAGAGCUUAAGAUUAAUAACAACAUAUGUUAAUAUAUUUUUAAUAACAUAUCAUAAAUUAUUAGAGUAACACAUCUCAUAAAAUUUUAGUAUUAAAUUAAAUCUAUAUUAAAUAGGAGAAAUAAACAAAUGAACUAUAUAAUGAAAAUAUUAUAUGUUAUGAUUUUUUUCAUUUUAUAUACAACUAUGUUAAAGUGCAUUAAAUACUAUAAGUACUGGUUUCCCUUUUACCUACCAUUUACACGCUUUUGAAAGAGAAAACCGGGAAUAGCAGGUUAGGGAGUGGCGGCACUGCAGAAUUCCCGUCCAUUAUGUAAUUUUGUUAUCCGAGACUAUCCUUUUGCUUAAUAAAAUUGGUUAAAUCUCUUUCUUUUAACGUAUUACAACACAAAUCCGUAAGAAUUAAGGAAAGGCGAUUGAGGAAGGAGGAAUGCGGAGAAAUGAAACAAGAACACGAAGGUGUCAAUACUUGAACUUAUGAUCAUGCUCUGAGUUGGAUGUAGUGGAUGUUGUACUAUCAAACAUUGGUAUUGAAUAUCUUCCUGCAUAUUUAAAGUAGCGUAGAGUUCUCUUUGUUGAUUAGUUAAGCUUUGUUUUCCCAUUUGGGGAAGGUUAUUUUGCAGAUAGUUGCGUUCUUAAUUGUCAAUUAGUUAAAUUAGAAAUAUGUGACAAUGAUAUUUUAUUUGUUUGUGUUUAUGCACACAUGUUUAAUUUAUAAGUUUGGUUUGACGGUUUGGCAAACGAAGUAGAAGAAAUCAUUGAUUUAGAAGCAAUAAUUUGUUGAUGUAGCAGUAAAAUUCGAUGAUCUAUUACCGAGAUACGACGACUCUCUGGGAUGCAUAGACAGAGGCAUAGGAGGAAGGAGUUGCGACUAAACAUGGGCUAAUGAUGGGGAAGGCUAUUGUGGCUGCGGCGACGAUGGUGCUACGGCAGGGGAAUAGGGUUUCGUAUAAUCCGUGCUUUGACACAUUUUUUGUUUAAUUUAAAUUAGUAUUCAUGAAAAAUAACUAGAAGGUUAAUGUAGAAAUGAUAAAUUUGAGUGCUUUCAUUGAUAUAUUUAGAUGUAAAUUCGUACAAAGUUUUAAUCUUCCUUGGAGGACAUGAGUAAUAAUUAGGGAGAAUUGAACAAUUAUAUGUGCAUGAUAAAUAUUAUAGAAAUGU